AUGACUAGCAAGUACAUAAAUAAUGGUCUUUCUCUAGACCAAAAGACGCACAGAGAUGGCUUGUUCAUGGAUAAUUACAACAAGGAGCAGGACUUCAGCCUAAAACUCAAAGAUCGAACUUAUAACCUGCAAUACUUUUCCAUGUAUCAAUACAGACUUCUGGUUCUCAAGGACAGAGUCGACCAGAAUGCUAUUUGGAAGUGGGGAGAUGGCGACAAAAGAGUAGAUGGUCAAAUCAUCAAGAGAAAAGAAAAAAUCUUGGAUAUCGAAAGUGGAGAGAUGUGCUGGGUUAGUGGCACAAUCUUUCUGGAUAUGAACAACAAGCAGAAUAUUCUCAAAGAUGUCGAAAAUGGAGUGGACGAUGUGCUUCCAAAGGCCAAGCAAUCGUAUGUUUCGGGCGAUGUACCUCCCGUACUUAUGCUUGAAGAUGAUUCUGGUCGGGCUAUUCUUCACAAUGAUGAUUUUUUGAAGAAAAAUUUAUUAGUCACUGGGUGCUUUGUGGCAGUUCUUGGUAUAGAGGUACAAGCAGGAAUAUUCGAAAUCUUGGAUGUGGUAUACCCAGUCAUAUCUCCACAAUUGCCAUUGCCAACGAAACGUCAACCUUCCGGCGAGUAUAUUGCAUUGGUAUCAGGACUCUCUGUUUCUGAUGCUGCAAAUUACGACUUGAAAUUAGAACUACUCAAACAAUAUAUUCUUGGAGAGCUCGGGAACGAGUCUGAUACGAGCCGUGCACUGACCAUCAAGCAUUUGGUCAUCGCAGGCAGCAGCGUUGCUUCGCUUCCUGAAAAAACUGGUGAAGAUGACUUUACAUCAGCAAGUGAUUUUGGGUCAAAAAACGUCUCUAGAUUCAACGCAGAGUCAAUUGAGAUGUUUGACAGCUUCCUUGCGGAUAUUGUGUCCAGUGUUCCGGUAAGUGUUAUGCCAGGAGAAGAUGAUCCUACUGAAAUAUGUCUUCCUCAACAACCGUUGCAUCGGUCAAUCUUUCCAUCUACAAAGCGAUAUGCGAACGGACCAAACCUUCAGUACCGAACCAACCCUACCUGGCUUGAAGUGAACGGCAUUAGGAUGUUGGGUACAGCUGGUGAAAAUGUCAAUGAUAUAUGCAAGUAUCUUCCCGAAAGUCUUACAACACCAGAGUCUACAAUUGAUAUUAUGAGAGCCAAUAUAAAAUGGCAGAAUUUUACUCCAACAGCUCCCGACACAUUAUAUUGCUACCCUUUCAAAGAUAGCGACCCGUUCACAUUGUCAGACGAAACUCCUCAUUUGUACUUUGUUGGGAACCAAGAAAAAUUUGAAUCGGCUGAAUUCAGAGCACAGAGAGACCAUAAUAGUGAUGACGAGGUUACGGUGCAAUUGGUGAGUAUUCCCAAAUUUGCAACUACGGGACAGGUGGUACUUGUGGACACUGGUGAUCUAAGCACCAACGUGGUUCGUAUCGAUGUAGACGACGGCGAGCUACUUUGA